AUGACCAAACGCCCUAAUUUCCUCGUGGUCGUCGCCGAUGACCUCGGUUUUUCCGAUGUGGGAUGUUUUGGCGGCGAGAUCCGCACGCCCAACAUUGACCAGAUUGCAAAGGAGGGCCUGCGGUUUACAGAUUUUCAUGCUGCGGCAGCAUGCUCUCCCACGCGUGCCAUGAUCAUGACUGGCACGGACCACCAUAUCGCCGGCCUGGGUAACUUAAUCGAAUGGACCAAUAUCUCUGGCCAGAAUGGUCCAAAGGGCUCGGCGAUGAGCACCGCGCCGCAGCGUGGUAUGCCCGGCUACGAGGGAUAUUUGAACGAGCGGGUCGUGGCUCUGCCCGAGCUCCUGCGUGAUGCUGGCUAUCACACAGUAAUGUCGGGCAAAUGGCACUUAGGCCUCACCCCGGAGCGGUCUCCUCACAAGCGCGGCUUUGUGCGCUCAUUUGCCCACCUGCCUGCCUGUUCCAACCAUUACGCCUAUGAGCCGCAACUCCGCGAUCAGGACCAGAUCCCUACUUUCAUUGAAGCUAGUUACAUCGCUCUGCACAUGGAAGACGGCGAAUAUGUGCGCAAGCUCCCUGAGGACUGGUACUCUUCUGAUGGCUACGGAGAUAAGAUGAUCGACUACCUGCGCGAGUGGAAGGAGAGCGGUGGUAGUGCCGGCCCCGAUGGUAACGGAGACCGUCCCUUCUUUGGUUACCUUCCCUUCACUGCGCCUCACUGGCCUUUGCAGGCCCCACGGGAGUACAUUGACCAUUAUCGCGGUGUAUACGAUGAGGGCCCCGAAAUUCUGCGCCAGAAGCGGUUGCAGCGCCUGAAGGAGCUCGGCAUGAUCCGGGACGACGUCGAGCCGCACCCCGUUGAUGCAGAGGAAGUCAAGCCUUGGGACGAGUAUACUCCCGAGGAGAAGAAGAAGUCUUCGACGGCUAUGGAGGUCUUCGCUGGCAUGGUUGAGUGCAUCGACUACAAUGUUGGCAAGGUGGUCGAUUAUCUGCGGGAGAUUGGAGAGCUAGAUAAUACUUUUGUGUGCUUCAUGUCCGACAACGGUGCCGAGGGCGCCGCUUAUGAGGCCUAUCCCAUGGUGAAGAACGGGGUGAUGCCCCACCUGCAGAAGUAUUACGAUAACAGCCUGGAAAACCUGGGAAAUGGUAACUCGUUUAUCUGGUAUGGCCCGCGCUGGGCGCAAGCGGCUACCGCUCCAUCUCGUCUCUACAAGGCCUACACCACUGAGGGUGGUGUCCGCGUCCCCUUCACCUGCCGCUUCCCCAAAAAUAUCCCUCUCAAUCCCGGUGACGCUACCGCACCCGCGGGUGGUAUCACAGAUCAAUUCGCCACCGUCAUGGACCUGGCGCCCUCCAUCCUGGACAUGGCCGGUAUCAAGCACCCGGCACCCACCUAUCAGGGCCGCGAGGUGGUCUCCAUGCGCGGCCGCAGCUUCCAUCCUUGGGCCAUCGGUGAUGCCGAUCGCAUUCACCCGAAGGAUUUCAUUCAGGGCUGGGAGACCUGCGGCCGAGCCGCGCUGCGCUGCGCCGACUGGAAGAUUGUCUUCAUUCCCAAGCCCAAGGGUCCUGAGCGCUGGCAGCUGUAUAACCUGGAAAAGGACCCCGGCGAGGUAAACGACCUGUCAGAGCAGGAACCCGAGAAGCUCAAGCAACUGCUCAAGCUCUGGGACCAGUACGUGUUAGAGACUGGUGUGGUCCCGCUGUGUCCGGAUCUGGGCGAGUUUCUGGAGGCUACAGAGGCGCAGAUGCCUGAGAAUGCAUGGAUGGAGUUUGAUUACUGGAAGGAAGGUGCGCGCGACGAGCCAGAAAAGUUCACACGCCAGCCGCCCCGUUUCCAGCGGGUUGUGAAGCCGUUCUAG